GCAGUGUUUGGUUUUUCUGUAGUCAUCGUUGGUUUGUUGGUUUCAGUAGCUUGUUGUUUUUGUACCUGCCAUUAAAGCUUUAUUUCGUUUGUUUGUUUUUGUGCGUGUUGUUUAAAAAUGCCGCUAGAGAAUUUGGAGGAAGAGGGUCUGCCGAAGAACCCCGAUCUGAAGAUAGCACAGCUGAAGUUUCUACUCACGAUGGAGGGCCACCGUCAGGACGCUAAAGUCAAAGCGGAGCUAAUGGAAGCUAUCAGAGCUAACAAUAUGGCUCCGUAUUAUGAGGCUCUGUGUAAGGAGCUGAAGUGGCAGCUGGACAGUGAUCUGCUGAGUAAGAUGAAGAAGGCCAACGAAGAGGAGCUCAAACGUCUGGACGACGUCCUGGAAGAUGCAGAGAAGAAUUUGGGAGAAAGUGAGAUACGAGAUGCCAUGAUGACCAAAGCUGAAUAUCUGAUCAGAAUUGGAGACAAGGAGGGCGCCCUAACAGCCUUCAGGAAGACCUAUGACAAGACAGUUGCUCUGGGUCACCGGCUAGAUAUUGUGUUCUAUCUGCUGAGGAUCGGCCUCUUCUACAUGGAUAGUGACCUCAUCACACGCAACUCUGAGAAAGCUAAGAGCCUCAUCGAGGAGGGAGGAGACUGGGAUCGGAGGAAUCGUCUGAAGGUCUACCAGGGUUUGUACUGUGUGGCCAUCAGAGACUUCAAGCAGGCAGCCGAGCUUUUCCUCGACACAGUUUCCACUUUCACCUCUUAUGAGCUCAUGGACUACAAGACCUUUGUCACCUACACUGUGUAUGUCUGUAUGAUUGCCCUCAAAAGGCCAGACCUCCGUGAAAAGGUAAUAAAAGGAGCAGAGAUCUUGGAGGUGCUGCACAGUCUGCCUGCUGUUCGACAGUACCUUUUCUCCCUCUAUGAGUGCCGCUAUUCUGUCUUCUUCCAGUCUCUGGCCCUGGUGGAGCAGGAGAUGAAGAAGGAUUGGCUCUUCGCACCUCACUAUCGCUACUAUGUGAGGGAGAUGAGGAUACAGGCCUACAGCCAACUGCUGGAGUCUUACCGCUCACUCACCCUGGGCUACAUGGCCGAAGCCUUUGGCGUCAGCACAGAGUUCAUUGACCAGGAACUGUCCCGCUUCAUAGCUGCCGGUCGUCUCCACUGCAAGAUUGACAAAGUAAAUGAGAUUGUGGAAACAAACAGACCUGACAGCAAGAACUGGCAGUACCAAGAAACAAUCAAAAAAGGUGACUUGCUGCUGAACAGAGUCCAGAAGCUGUCCAGAGUCAUCAACAUGUGACCAGAUUCCAGGCUUUUCUCGUGUGCAAACUACAGUGACUCUGUGUAUAUAAUAAACUUUGUUUACAACGUCACUGUGUGGCCAUCAUUAA